AUGCAGGGCCUCUUCUUAGGGAUUCUCAUCUCAGGGAUUGAACAAGUCUACAACAGUGAAGGUAAUCUGCUAGGUGUCCAGUAUUUGCAAUCUGGAGACCUCAUUAUUGCUGGAAUCCUUUCUCAGGUCUACACCUUUUCUAAUCCCAUUUUCUUCAACCGGCACCCUUCUAUGGAACUUCUAGAUGAGUUUGUGGUAGUGACCCAAAAUUAUCAGCAAAUCUUGGCCUUGGUAUUUGCCAUAAAGGAGAUCAACAAAAAUCCCCAGAUCUUGCCCAACAUUUCCUUAGGCUUCCAAAUUUAUAAUGGCCACUUCAGUGCAAGCUGGACCUAUCUUGCCUCCAUGGAGCUUCUCUUCACCCAAGACAGAUUCAUCCCAAACUACAAGUGUGGUGUGGGGAACAUUCUUGUAGCAGCAAUUGGAGGACCUGACAUUUGCCUACACAUGGCGACCAUACUGUGCACCUACAAAAUUCCACAGCUGACCUAUGGCUCUGCUCCAAUUUUGGAUAAGAAGACCCAAGGUGUUUUCUUUAAAAAUAUGUUCCCAAAUGAGGUUCUCCAGUACAGGGGUAUCCUUCAGUUGUUGCUGCAUUUUAGGUGGACGUGGGUUGGAGUUCUUUCAGUGAAUGAUGACAAAGGCGAGAAAUUUGUAGAGGCUGUGCUCCCCUUGUUUUCCCAACAUGGCAUCUGUGUUGACUUCAUAGGAAGAUUCCCAACAAUGAGUUUUUACACUGACUUUACAGAUGUGAUGGAUGAAGGACUCAAGAUGUACAGAAUUGUCAUGACAAGCACAGCCAGUGUGAUGGUAUUAUAUGGUGAAAUUCAAACAAUGGCAUUUCUGAGAAUGUUGCUCCAGUUUUCAGAAAUGGAGACGAUUCCAAAGAAGACAAAAAUAUGGGUUAUGCCUGCCCAAAUGGAUUACACAUCCAUUUCCAUGCACAGAUAUUGGGACCUACAUUUCCUCCAUGGUGCUUUAUCCCUUGCAGUCCACUCAAAAGAAGUCCUCAGAUUCCAGGAAUUUCUUCAGAUCAGACACCUGCACUCAGAUGAACGUGAUGGUUUUAUUAGGGAUUUCUGGAAACAUGCAUUCCAUUGUUUAUUUCCCGACUCUCAAAAAAAUCAAGAGACUAAUAAAAUCUGUUAUGGAAAGGAGAAGCUGGAGACCCUUCCUACAUCUGUGUUUGAAAUCAGGAUGAUUGGCCACAGCUACAAUGUAUAUAAUGCUGUCUAUGCUGUGGCACAUGCUUUGCAAGCAAUGCGUUCAUCCAGAUUCAAACAAAGAAUAGCGGGGGAUGGCGAGAGACAGAACCUUCAGCAUCUACAGUUGUGGCAGCUUCAUUACUUCCUCAGCAGUGCUUCAUUUAACAAUAGUUUGGGAGAACAUAUCUCCUUUGAUCAAAAUGGAGAAUCAGUUGGUGGAUUUGAUAUUAUUAACUGGGUCACGUUCCCAAACUGGUCCUUCCUAAGAGUCAAAGUUGGAAGGCUAGAUCCCAUGGCUUCACCAGACAAAUCCUUCAGCAUUUGUGAAGAUUCAAUUAUGUGGCCCCGAAGCUUUAAUCAGGCACAACCCAUUUCUAUAUGUAAUGAACAUUGCCGGAGAGGGUAUAGCAAAAUGAAGAAGGAAGGGGAGCCAUUUUGCUGCUACAAUUGCCUUCCAUGUCCAGAAUGGAAGAUUUCAAACCAGGAUGACCAAGAUGACUGUUAUCCAUGUCCAGAAGACCAUUAUCCAAAUCAAAAACAGGAUCAGUGCAUUCCAAAAUAUAUCACUUUCUUAACAUUUGAGGAACCAAUGGGAAUCAGCUUGAUUAUUUCUGCUCUUUUCCUUUCCUUCAUCACAGCUUUAGUGCUUGGGAUCUUCAUUCAGUGCAGAAAUACUCCCAUUGUCAAAGCCAACAACCGGAACCUUACAAACACUCUUCUCAUCACCCUCCUGCUCUGCUUCCUUUGUGUUCUGUUUUUCAUUGGGCAGCCUAAUCAGAUCACGUGUACCUUUCGACAACCAGCUUUUGGCAUCAUCUUCUCAGUAGCAGUUUCUUGUGUAUUAGCCAAAACCAUUGUUGUUGUUGUAGCAUUCAGGGCUACUAGGCCUGCAUCCAGGAUGAGGAAAUGGGUGGGGAGCAGACUGGUUAGCUCCAUUGUUCUUUCCUGCUCUCUUAUUCAAAUUGCAAUCUGUACAGUGUGGUUGGUAACAUUUCCACCCUAUCCAGACCUUAAUGUACAUUCAAUGUCGAAAGAAAUUGCACUGGAAUGUAAUGAAGGGUCAGUCAUCAUGUUCUGCUGUGUAUUGAGCUAUAUGGGUUUUUUGGCAAUUGUCAGCUUCUCUGCAGCUUUCUAUGCCAGGAAGUUACCUGACAGUUUCAAUGAAGCUAAAUUUAUUACAUUUAGUAUGCUGGUCUUCUGCAGUGUUUGGGUGUCUUUUGUUCCAACUUAUCUGAGUACCAAAGGAAAAUACAUGGUGGCUGUGGAGAUCUUCUCCAUCUUGUCCUCCAGUGCUGGCUUGUUGGGCUUUAUCUUUUUUCCCAAAUGCUUUAUACUUGUACUGAAACCUGAGCUGAACAACAGGCAGCAAAUAAUGACCAAAAAGAAAAAAAACUUCUGA